CCUUUCCCUUUCCCUCCCUUUCGUCUCGUUCCUUUUCUGCUUGUAUUAAUGGCCGUUAUUGCUUCUACUCAUGCCCGCGCAUUCCAGCGCAAGGACUUCCAGGCACACAAUGUCGUCCGUAGCAUUCUUCCCCGAGCUACUACCACAGAAAACGGACAGCCAGUCGUCAACCCUCUCCCCGUCUCUGUUCGGGUGUUGACGGCCUUUUUUGUGAUCCUGGGAGUGUUGCUCUUGGGCAUCGCUACAUGGCGAAUUGUCGUCUGGAAGCGUCGCAAGGCUAUGACCGCCUCCCAGAAGUUCCGCAAAGAUAGCUUCAUCCCUAGCGAGAAGAUCAGACCGAUCGCGGAGGGAAAGCCGAUGGAGAAGCAGGAGGUUCUCGUCAUCCUCCCUAUGGAACCGCCCGCGACAGUGCAGCAUUCCGCUAAGUGGGUGCCUCAAAUUCCGAAGGGCCAUGAUGGCUCGGCCGUCGUCGAUGUCAAGGUAUCGAUGGGUGAGGCCGCCAGGUCCCCACCCCCGACCUACACGGCUUACAAGUCCCCCGCGAGCACUCCGUCUACAUCGCCUCGGCCGCCCGCAUUGAACCUCCCCAUCCUCACAGUGACGCAUGAAGACAACAGCAACAUGCUCUCCGUCCCCGCAGUCGCAUCCCCCGUCCCGAGCCCCCGCCGCACGUCUUCGUUCCUGAAGGAGGCACCCGCUGAGAACAACCUCAAGCCGAAGCCGUCGAUCAAGGGCCAGAAGCUCCCGCGCAAGAUGCUCGUCGAGCACACCUUUAUCCCGUCCCUCGCAGACGAGCUCUCGGUCAAAGUGGGCGAGGUCCUCACCAUGCUCGAGGAGUACGAGGACGAGUGGUGCCUUGUCGAGCGCCUCGGCUCCCGCUCCGGUGAACGCGGCGUUGUGCCGCGCUUCUGCCUGAAGGAGCGCCCUCGGGGCCAUAAGCGUGGCCAAUCCUCUACCUCCGUCCGGAGCGGUGCGAGUUCCAAGACGCAGUGAGCGUGUAGACCGUCCGCUCUAGCAUGAUCACGACUUUGUCACGACAUUGCUUCGACGAUCCGCGUAGCCACUACUCUCUUGGGCCGCACUGAUUACCCCCUCCCUACGCACGCUAACCUCGACCACUCCCCGAGAGCACGGGAACUUCACCACCUCCAACCCCACCCACAUCGCCCCGGAGUGCGCAGACUCCUCACGACAAUCGCUUACCGUAGUCAUUCUUAACUUUGAGGUAUUUAUUACUUAAUCUUGGCAUAUCAUUUGCGUCCAAAGCCCCUUUCGGCCCAUUGCGACUUAUCUCGCCUUUGCGUCCGCUGUCCGCGGCUAGUACUAUUUAUCGAUCUGCCACUGGCACGUACAGGUCGUCUGGAACCCCGCAUUGCAUACCCGUUUGCGACGCAGGUGCGCGCACGGCUGGCUGUUUCGCAGUGCACUUUACGUUCCCGUCCUGCCAGUCAGAUCCGUUUCGCGCUAUCUCCUGUAACCCCGCAGUCCACCGAGUGUCAAUACAUAGUAUUAAAGAACCCGAUCUCCC